CCAGCGAGCAGCGUCGCAGCGAGCCGCGCGCGCACGCACGCCCUCGCCGUGUCUCUCUCCGGCGGUUAGGAGGGGCCGUUGCGCACUUUUCGUUCGUUUCCCGGCUCGGGGCUCUGAGGCCGCAGCGGGAGCCGGAGCCAUGCACCGACAGAGCUUCCGCCCCCCCACGCCCCCGUACCCGGGCGGGGGGCCCUGGGGCGGCGGCGGCUUUCGGAGCCCUCCAUCCGGCGGGGGCCCUAUGCCGCCCUCCCCGCGGGGCUACGGGAGCCCCCACCACACGCCGCCCUACGGCCACCGGCCCUACUCGCCCCGAGGCCACCACUUCCACGGCGGCGGCGGGCGGUUCGGGAGCCCGUCCCCGGGGGGUCAGAGCCCGCGCAGGCCGCACAGUGCCAGCCCCAGGUACUCGGCUCCCUACGGCAGCAUGUCCCCGGCCGCGGCCCAGCAGCGUCCGCCGCACCAUCCGCAGCAAUACAAGUCCUCGCCGCGGGGCUCCCAGAGAUACUACCAGGGAUCACCCAGGACAUCUACUCCAUUUGGUACAGCGCAUGGCAGAGGGAAAAGAGUGUCUAAUGAUGUGGAAAACUAUUACAGACCUUCAAUGCUUGAGGACCCAUGGGCUGGCCUAGAGCCAGUUUCUGUUACAGACAUAAACCAACAAUACAGCAGUGAGCAAACAACAUAUACUGGUAAAAAAGGGAGGUAUUUCAGUUAACAUUCCUAAAAGCCAAAUAACUCCAUCUGUCAGGAAAACUUUGGGACAAAAUCUUUACACCUACACAAAAUGAACAGUAAUCAAGACCCUAGCUAAUGCUUUUAUUUGUACAAAUGUCCACCCUUUUAUCUGACUUCUUUUUACUGCAUUGGAUAUUUUUAUGUAUGGGGGAGGGAAAAGUAGUGGAGGAUAAUAUACAUUUCUGGCUAUAUGGAAGUGCCUACCAGCUUUGAAGAACAAAGUGUUCUUUAAUCACCAGCGAUUGAUUUGUGUCUGUUAAAACAGGUUUCCAUAUAUUUACCUCUUCCAUGCCAGAUUGUUAACCUAACUUUUAUUGUUAACUCCUUUAGGAAGUGGUAUUUUUUUAUGUUUCAACGUUUUUAGAAUGAAGUGUGGAAAUACAAAAAACAAAACCCUCUGUAAAUCCUUGGUUUAUAAUGUAAAAAAAUUAUUUUAGGACUUUUUUGUUAAGGUGUACUUGGCAAAGAAGUAAUUAGUGAAAUUAGUCAUAUUCUGUAAAUAUAAUGCUUGUAUUCUGUGGUUAAACUUUGAUUUUGUGCACAAUUUUUUGUUUGUUCUAGUGUAAAAUAAGUGAAACAUGAGUUUUAGCCAUCUCAGGAAACAAAUGUAUUGUAUUUGGAAAGUUUAAUUUGUUAAACCAGCUCUUGAAUGAUAAACGUCUGUAAUAAUGUUUGGGUUGGGUUUUGGGGGUUUUUUUUGUUUUUUUUGUUUUUUUUUUUGGUUGCAUUUUAAAGGAUUCAUAUUUGGAAACAAAAUAAGAAAUUUAUGGAUUAUAGCAAACAUAUGUCUUCUGGCAAGUAAAGAUUAAUCUGCACAUAAACAUUGGAUAAUUAAAUGAAUGCAAAGAUGUCGUCUUGCUCUAAUUUUUAGAAUAGUGUAGAUCUGGUGAUGAAUCAAACUCCGUUUGUGUGAUUAGAUAAUUGACUUCAGUACAUACCAUAACACUUCACUCUUAAAUUGUCCAUUAGCAUUUGGACUUGGAUAAAGAAACUAGAUUAACAUCUCUGCUUACAAGAGCCUUUUUAUCAUUUUUUGUCACCUGAUGGGUAAUGUGUCAUAAGUUAUAUGAAAGCUUUGUUUAGGGCUUAUCUACACAUGGAGUUAUCCCUGUGUGGAUGCUCUUAUUUCCAGAACAAAUAGGGAAUAAAACCAUGUUUAGACAAGCCCUUACUAUGACUUGUUAUGCUUGCAGUAAUGUCUAAAAACUGUCAAUACACCUGAGAUGUUAUGGUUGGAAAUAUCAAUAUUUGACCUUAGUUAUGAUGGAUUUUAAAUAUAGAUUAUGGGUGAGAGCUUCCUAAAGUAAAGGAAGCCUGAGGUCAAUUUUAAAUUGUGAUACUAAGUUUGGGUGCUUCAUAACAUUUCAGAAAAAUGACUUUGGUAGUUGUAAGAUUCACAUACUCUGAUUUUUAGGUGUGUGCACGCAUUGCAUCCAUGGAUGUCUGCUUAGGACACUACUCAAUACACCUUGCUAGGUUGUAGCUCUCAAAUAAUCGGAGUUUUGCUUGAGUGAGGAGUGUGAAAUAGCCCUUAAAUGUUUGCAGAAUUCUUCCAUACUGUCUACUUGAUGUCAAGAAUACUUAAACCCUCAGUCCAGAAUCAGAAUUGGUUCUUGGUUAACCAGCUUAUUGAUGAUGUAUCAUUAGACUGUCCUUGUUUUUAUCCACAGUGCAUACCAGCAGUACUGAGAUGACUUAAAAAUAAACCGUGCAAAGUUUUAUAGAACUAAAAACAGUUAAAUGUACUCAUCAUGAAAUGUGAAAUAUUAAGCUUUGCUUUUUUUAUUUGACAGGGGCUGUAAACCUCAAACAAAAAGGUUAUGGGGUGCUUUACUGAGUCAAUUUUCUUUUACUGUUCCAUACUUAAUUCAGUGCAGUUUCUUUUUAAUAACAUGCUUUAUGCUCUUGGGAAACAGAUUUGGUGGUAUCUGAUACUCUUCAGAGAGUCAAAUUAUAAAUAUUCCCAGUUACAGAUAUGAGAAGAAACUGGGUUUGGGAAGGGAAAGGAUUCGUAACAGAAGACACUGUAAGAGGUGGGACUUUGUUACAAUAGCCGUACAUCAGCUGCCAUUGUACUGUGUAAAGAUGCAUUUCUUUCACUUUGGCUUUACAGUUCAGCCCAGCUCCCUCUGGAUUUGGGUCUCAGACUUCAGAGAAGGUAGAUGCUGUUCCAGAAAAAGAAAUUUUCAGGAAAAUAUCUUCAAGUAUUGUUAAACUAAUACAGGCCUUUAACAGUGCCAUCUAUUAUGCUGCUGCUCCUGUGCAUUUCAGCAUUUGGCUGAUAUUUAUGAUAAAGUACAUCAAACUGCCAGACUCCAAUAACUCAGCCAAGAAUUAGCAAGGAAUAUAAAUGUAAACAUAAUCUUUUGCUAAACUACUCAAACUCCAUCACGCUCUUAAAAUGUGAAUAGUUUGGUCUUACUCUACAAUAAACUGAUCACUGUUUCAAAA